CUGAUAUUAAAAUACCGAAGGUCACCGAUGUGCGGUCACAGAAAACACCAUUAGCGCAGCAUCGCAGCAGCGAACCACAAGAAUUCUCGCUUAUAUUUCCUGGUUCGUCUGUGGCCUUUUCUCACCGUUAGAAGACGGCCAAUCUGGCUGAACGAAAGCACUGUUGAAGGAGACGAGCAUGUCCGCGAAACUAGUGCUGUACUCAGCGAUCACGCUGUGUUUUAACGGCCUGGUGUUGCGGCGUUAUCUCCGGGACGAGUUGUUGCUAACUUUCCCUUAUGUCCUCGUGCUGAUCCUGCCCACGGUCGCCCAGCCGUUCUGCCAGUAUUUCCUCGGCGGGUUCUGCGGGGUUUUUGUCUUUGCGGCGGCCGUGUAUAAGCUGUAUGAGAAUCUUCCCCAGCAGUUUGUGAACGUGAAGGAUAAAGUUGUGUUGAUCACGGGCUGUGACACGGGUCUAGGCCAUGCCACCGCUUUGCACCUAGACAGCCUGGGUGCUCACGUGUUUGCCUGCUGCUAUGACAAAAACGGCACCGGCGAGCGGGACCUCGUGGCUAACAGCUCCAGCCGGCUGACGACAAUAGAGUUAGACGUGACCGACCAGGAGCAGAUACAAGAGGCUUUAGAGAUUGUGAAGGAUCUCCUGAACGGACGAGAAUUAUGGGGCAUGGUCAACAAUGCAGGUGUCUGCCUGUACGGAGAGGCGGAGAUCACGACGGUGGAGGCCUUCAAAAAGAUGUGGGAGGUCAACUGCCUGGGUCACUUCCGGAUGGUCAAGACAUUCUUGCCUUUGCUGAGGAAGUCAAGGGGGAGAAUUGUGAAUGUAACCAGCAUGUGUGAUAAAGUAGCCACGCCGAGCUUCCCAGCGUACUGCAGCUCCAAGGCGGCGGCCCUGGGCUUCUCCAAUGUCCUGAGGAUGGAGCUGAAGAAAUGGGGCAUCGACGUUUCCAUCAUACAGCCGGGUGGAUUCAAGACGCAAGCUGUGGUGGGCACCCAGUUCAUAACAAGGUACCAGCAACUGCUUGCAGCACUGGAUCCAAAGAUAGCCGACGACUACGGCAAGCGCUACUUCACCACAGCCCUUGGCUCCAUGUACACCUCGGAUGACUUCCGGUUCCUGGAGGACUUCUCACCCGUCAGCGUGGCGGUCGCGCACGCCCUCUUCGCCAAGAGCCCUCGGGCGCACUACUUGUGUGGGCCGCCGGCCCUCGUCCUGGACUGGAUAGCCAGCCACCUGCCUGCAUUUGUCAAUGACGCCAUCGGGAUGCUGGUGACAGGGACAUACGUCCCGGAGAGCGCCCUCCCGAACGAUCAGGAGAAGCGUGCUGCGGCGGAACGGAGGCAGUCGCAGCAGAGGGCAAAGAACCAGAGGGCAAACAUGCCGCCCAAGCAGGUGCACUUUAAGCUGGGAACCAGCGAAAGCGGGAACCAAGAGAGCAGUACUAAUGGAGUCCAAAAUGUUGGAACCACUGAAACUGGGAACCAGGGAAACAGUGGCAAUGGCACUGAGAGUACACCAGAUUCUACGCACAGCAGUACAUAAUCUGUACAUAAUACAACUGAUGAUAAAUUAUAAAUGAUUUCUUUUCUUAAAAUAGGAGUAAAUCCUAUGAAAAUUUCAAUACGCAAAAUUUUUAAGAGAUGAGAAAUAUUUUCUAUGCAGUUCAAUACCAGUUUUGUUUUAUGAACAGUGUUACCUGAAAAUGUGUUUUAUAGUUGUAAGCCUAAAAAGUGUCUGCUAAGCUAACAUUUUUUUCAUAUAAAUUUAUAGGGGAAAUGGAUGAGGUGACUGGUUAAAUUACAUGCUUUUGCUUUUCUCGCCUUUGAUAUCUAAUUUAGGAUAAAAUUUUGUUUUUAUUUUUUUCCUGUAUUUAAUUGCAAUCCAUAAGGAUUUCCCAGUGUUCAUUAGAUUAGUACUUAUUGAUAUAUUUACAGGGUUUUGCAAUGGGUACCUUGGUUCACCCAUGCAGGAUUUCAGUCAUUUGUGAGUUAACGGUACAUAUUUAACAACAUGGGCUUUUCACAAUAGUAUGCCUCUAAGAGUUUGCCACGCGUUGACCAAUCACAAUGCACGAAAUCUGUCGACCCAAUGCGCAUUUGGGAAGGGUCGACAGACUUCGUGCAUUGUGAUCGGCCACCAUGUUGCAAAUGCUUGGAGGCACGCUAUUGUGAAUGGCCUGGUAUUGUUGACUGCUUUGAUGUGGGGUAUGAUGUUUUGAAAUGCGGAGGGACCCAUAGCUUCUGAGGCGAAGCCAAGGGUGCAUUGCGCAUCCCCGGGGGGUGUUCAAAACACCAUAUCCUACAUCACAGCAGUCAGGAUUUGGUUGGUCAUAUCUCUGUCUGGAUGUUUUUCACUUGUUUUUCUUAUUUAAAGGAAAUUAAAGUGACUAAGAAACCUUUGAACAGUGGCAGGUAAUGAUCCCUGUAUAAUCCUGUCCACUGUGGGGGAUGUGUGCAUCUGUGCCUGGGUGUGCACACAUGCAGCUCUACUGUGAUGUCUAACAGUGAGUGUGACAUGCAGUUAUGUCACCCCGUCACGUAACUGUUUGGGACGAUGUAAAAAAAAAAAAUAUCAAGACAGAGAUGUGACAAUUUCGGUUAUUGCCACUUUCUUGCAUGUUUUUGACUAGUGAACACUUGUUACUUUUGAAAUGCAGUUGAUAGAAUAUUCGCAUUCUCACAAAUAAUUGUUCGUUCAUUCUUUUCUGCACUUGCAUGGUGUAACGCCCACUUUCUUGACCCUAGAGCAAGAUGACAUUGGUAACUUGGAACUUGUUUACCUUUGACUUUUGUGGGGCUAAAGUGUAUAACAGCAGUGUGGAAACCUUGAACCAGUGGCGUAACUAUGGGGGGAAGGGAGGGGAGGACAGAUGCCCCCCCUUCAGAUGCCCAUGUCUCCCGGGUGCCCCCUCAUUUGCAAUCUGUGUAUAAUCUCCAUUGAGUUUAUAUAGCUACGUAGCUGCAGCUUUGUUUCUUGUGAAAAAAAACGUGUGCACCCCUAGGUGAGCCGCACCCCCAGGUGGCCCCCCCCCACUUUUAGCCCUAGUUAUGCCACUGCCUGUAACUGGUUGAGUGUCUUAAAGGAAACAGGCACAUUCAACCGGAUUUCAUAAUACAUGUAUAUACACAGAUAUUUCUCAGUACUAUGUUAUUUGUAGAUGGUGGAACAUGGUUUGCUCAGUACAAAUUACAUUAUGCAACAUCAAAUUUCGGGUGACUUUGUUCUUGGAUUGUUUUACGCUUGUAAAUUGAGCCAUCACAUUGUUAUUCUUAAUUCAUAAAUACCUCAGACAGUCUCCCUCUACUACAAUCUGCAACUUGACCUUGUAUUAACAUUUGAUAAUAAGAAGUGAUGAUGGCUGCUGUGUAAAUCAUGCGCUGGCACCUGGAUACCAGACAGUUUAAUCGAUUCUGAUUGGUCACUAGUCUGUGUGCACACGGCUCGCCAUGCGCCUGCCUAUUGGACAAUUUGCACAAUUAUUAUUCCAUAAAAUUGAUGGAGGUGUUUGGAAAAAUGAAAGUUAAAUUCUAGAACAAAAUCGCCGGAAAUCCAUCACGUAUCGACUUUUGUUUGACUCUCUGACUAAAAAGGUGUUUAUGAAUGGGAAUAACUAUGUGCUUGGCCGGUCUUAAACAAGAAGACUGACCACUGAUAAUGUUCCUGCCUGCAGCUUGGGCGUUAGUCGCAUCCAUUCUCCUGAGCCGGUCUUAAAAAGCUGUUUAAGACUGGUCAAGCACAUAUUUAUUCCCGUAACAAUUGCUGCAAUCAUAAACAAAAAAAUGAAAAUAAGAAAGGAAUAAAGGUAUUGUAUAUUGGUUCCGUUUCUAUGAAGAGUAAGCCAGGUUGCAGUUCUAAGGAGUUUCAUUGGUAUAUUGAAUUAAGAUUUGGUAUUGAGACCACGAGUCCUGUACUUCGACUGGUGUUUUGAUUAUUUCACUUAAAGGUGCACCUGUCACUAGGUUAACUGAAGACAAAUUAUUGGGGUGUAGGUUUUUUGCUUCUUGAAUAUUUACCUAGACGGUCUGUAGUUUGUGAAUUCCUGAUUUUUCAGUUUCCUAGAAAAAUAUCUGAAGAAAAAUACUUGGCAGCUAAAAAACCCAGAGGAAUGAACCUGAGGUAGACGUUUGCAGAGAAAGAAAAGCUGGGCUUGGUUAUUGUCUAUGUUGGAUACUAUGCCAAAACUGGUGUUGUGUGCCCCGACUCAUCCAUAAUAGGAGAAGCCACAUUUUUAUGAAUGUUGAGGUGGGCCACUGCCCAAAAGUGGUACUUGUCUUGUGCUGGUUGUUUGGAUGAGGUUAGGUGCACAAGGGUGAAACAACCUUUUUUUGGGGGGGGUCCAAAAUUGGAACUGUUUCAAGUAACCUUGUGGGGGGAGUUGCCUUUUGUCCUUCGAAAAAAAAUUGGGGACUGGUGGGUGGCACCAGGGGCCCUCAUGGAUCCGCCAUUGUGGGUGAAUGAGUAAAGGUCAACACCUGACAACUGGUGAUAUUUCUAAGUCUGCUAGUUCAUACACAACCUUGUGAAGUGAAGAGCUAAAUGCGCCCCCAUCUUUUCACCUCAGAUAAUAUCUUGAAAGAUUUCCUAUGUAAUAACUGUCUUCCAUGUUAACAGUGGCCACUUUGCAUAGUCUGUUACAUCAGCCUGUGUUCAGGCUAUUUAACAAUUUCACGCAGAUAAUGUUAAGGUUGCAGUAGACAUGAUGUCCUUGCAGACUUGAUCAAAGACUAAUCUACCGCACAAUUUUAGAUCGGCUUUGCAUUCCUUAGAUCAACUGAUGAAGAUUUAUGCAACGUGCAUUAACACACUCGCAUCUUCCAAGUUAAAAGGCUAAAGUGGUUGGAAUGUGAAAUAAAGAUUGUUUUUCCCUGACUGACUGUGAUUGUAAUGCUUGGAUAAUAGUACUAAGCGAUGCCAAAAAAUCUUGUACAUGUAUGUUGGUCCUAGUCUAAGGAUAUCUAUAGUUGAUUCUGUAGUUCUCAUUUUCAACCAACCCUUAUUUUUGACUCUAACUACAAGGAAAAAGAAAAGCCUUUUGUAUACUGCUGACCCUGUCUGGAAUUUCUUACCAAGAAAAAAUUGAGAAAAAAGGAUAUUCUUGAGAAUUUCCCAUAAAGAAGCAAGUUGGUUUUACCCUUUUUCCCCCCACUAACCCCUUAAGGUCCAUAAAACAUGAGAACAGCAGAAUUAACAAAGGGGGGCCCUGAUAGAAUUACAACUUGACAAGAUGUGGUCAGCCCUUGUCAACAAGACAAGGUUUAAGUACCAAGCUCGUUCCCCCAUAGUCAGAAUGUCCCCUGCAAACUUGCUGCAGUUGGUGGCACUGUGACAUUUAGCUGGGAUAUCUGUGCCACAGACUUUGACCCAACUGCUACGCUGAGACAGGUGGACCAGUUGACAUGUUUUCCAAACCAGUAACUUUUUGUCAAAAUUAGGUAAACCACCUCAUUUUUAACUCUGUCCUCAACCCUUAACUGUUGAUCGAUUUAGCACUGAAUAGGGUUUACAUUUUGUUCGAAGGUUUUGCAUAUGAGAUCAAGAGAACUGUUACAAAAGGAACAGCAGAUCUUUUGCAACGUAACUUAAAAUAUCAACACGGAUAUCAUAAUCUCUUUGACUUGGCAAAUAAUUUAUGAACAGCUCGGAUAAAAAGAAAUCAAUUAAAUGUUUGACAGUUUGUUUUGAAUUCAUGCAAUUAAGAAUUAAUCUGCUUUAUGUUAUGUUACAAAUAGUAAAUUCAAUGAAUGAUUUGUGCCUUGUUUAAAAUGACGCAAAACAACAUCUUUUUCUUCCAUGACCAUUUUGACCAAUUUUUACAUGGUAUCUCUAGAAAACAAAAUGCUAGACUAUGUACACUUUUCAGUAAUCCAUUAUCUUUUGCUAAUUAUCAAGAGAAGUUCCCCAUCCUUAAAAAAAGAUCAUAUAAUCCCCCAACAUUUAUUGAAGCCUUCAAUUUUAUGUCAGUCAAUAAAAAUGUGACAGGAAAUGA